UAUAUGUGUUAAGAAUUAGUAUCGAUUUCCCAGAAGAAUAUGGAACAGGCAACGGAAGUAGCGGCUGAAGCUCAUCAUGCUAACUGGGUCAUCAGCCCCAACUAUUGCGCUCCUCAUCCUGUUGAGCUUACAAUCGUCAGAAAGGCAAUGACCAUAACCCAUGGAAACUUUGAUAUCACAGGCAUCGAUGGCAACAUCGUUUUUAAAGUUAGAGCACCCUUUGCCAUCUUCCACAAUCCCGGGAAUGUCUUACUUGAUGCUGCUGGAAAUCCCAUUCUCACUUUAAGACCCAAGUUAUCCUCAAUAUUCCAUCGUAAAUGGAAAGUUUUUAAGGGUGAUAGCACAGACUCUGCCAAUCUGCUCUUCAGCGCAAAGCUAUCUUCAACAUUCCAAUUCAAGACCACAGUAGACGUGUUCUUAGCAAAUAACACAAGAGAGGAUGUUUGCGACUUCAAAGUCAAGCAAAGUUUUUGGCAACGAUCUUGUGUUGUUUAUGCUGGAAACUCUUCCACGGCAGUCGCCCAGAUGCAUAAGAAGCAAUCCCUGUUUGGAAAGGAGAAAUUCAUGGUGACAGUGAAUCCCAACAUUGAUUACGCAUUCAUAGCUGCGGUCAUUGUGAUUCUCUGUGAGAUCAAUUUUAGCAACAGGAGUACUCCUAGCCCAGCUUCUUAGGUAGGCACUUGGUGUUGGGUCAUAGUUGUAGGUGUUGAUGGAGUGUACGAGAGUGGCCAAAUUUGAAAGCCAAUUGAGAAACGAUUCUUUUUUUUUGUUUGUUUUUAAUCAAAGGGGAAUGAGAUCCAUUUGUUCAAACAAGAAGGCCUUUUUACCUUGAGCUGUAGGUUUCUUUGGGCUUUCUCUCGAUAAGGGCUCGGACAAAUUGUAAUUGGGUCAACGAAUUAUAUUUGUUUGUAAAAGAAUGGUGGAACGUGGCUUCAGUUGUUGAUGCCACGAUGGUCAUUUAGUUACCUUUCACCAAAUUUGAUAAGGUUUUGAAGAAUUUUGAGCCUUCUCUCCAUUCCUCGUGGGUUAGUGGACCAUGAGCCACUAUAUAUAUAGCCACUACAUAUAGUGGCUCUUACCUUUUA